ACCGUAUCCGUGUGAUCAGACGUCCCUCCUCGUCGUACGAUAUCAUGUCGUAUAACAGACACUGUACGCGAGUACUCGCCGAUAAAUGGAGAAGCUCGAAUCUGGAAGCGACGUCGAGUUCCAGUGGCUUCGGCCCAGUUCCUGUGCAAGUUGACACGGCCGACCUCAAAGAGAACCCAUAAUCAGUCUUUUGGGGGUUUCAAUAUUCUGAAAUUGGGCGGAUAAGUUCAUGGUUUAGAUCACUGAAGAGUUCGAUUCUGCUUUUGCCUUCUGGUUUAUUUCCCAGUGGCUUUGUUAUUGCUUUCUUUUCCAGCUGAAAUAUUUUAGAUCAAUGAGGAAUUCAGCUCGGCCUCUUCAACAAAUCCGAUAUCUUUACUGUUUUUACCGAACAGACAUUUCAUUAAACAAAGCAGGGAAAAUUGAUAAAGCUUCUAUUUUUGUUAACCCUAUUGCUUGUCAUCCAAAUGGGGUCAUUUAUGGUAGAGAAAACAAUAAAGACCUGACUUACAGUAUGCUGUUUUCCAGGGCUUUAUGCUCUACCUCAGAAAAGUUCUCUAUCAGAGAUUCUUCUAAUGUUGGAGGAGUUGGUCCUUUGUUGGAGUAUGAAAAGAGAAUUGUCAUGGGAGAGCUUGUUGGUGGAGACAGCUUCCAGAUAGAAUCACUUCGAGCACUACAAAGGCUUUAUGAAGAGCUCGUGGAGCAUGAAGAUGAUUACCAAUUGGAUAGGUAUCUGUCAUCAAAAAAAUCUGGGAGGAGUAGGUGGUUGUGGUCUCGUCUUAUGCCUCGGUCUAAUUAUUCACCAAUCAAAGGACUGUACCUUUAUGGAGGAGUAGGCACUGGAAAGACAAUGCUUAUGGAUUUGUUCUACAAUCAGCUGCCAUCAUAUUGGAGGAAGAAAAGGAUGCACUUUCAUGAUUUUAUGUUGAAUGUGCAUAGAAGGCUGCAGAUGCACAAAGGUGUAGCAGAUCCACUUGAAAUUGUUGCUGCUGAGAUAUCAGAUGAGUCCAUUCUGUUAUGUCUUGAUGAAUUCAUGGUAACUGAUGUAGCAGAUGCAUUGAUACUAAACCGUCUUUUCCAACAUCUUUUCAGCAAUGGCAUGGUUCUUGUCUCUACUUCAAAUCGUGCUCCUGACCAGCUUUAUGAAGGUGGUUUGCAAAGGGACCUAUUUUUACCUUUUAUUGAUAUCUUGAAGGAAAGAUGUGUAAUUCAUGAAAUUAGCUCAUCAACCGACUACCGGAAGCUGGGUUCUGCGGAGAAGGGCUACUAUUUCAUUGAGAAGAAACCCACUGGACUUCUUACAGAGAUGUUUAAUCAGUUAAUAGGGCCUGAGAAACCUUGUCCUCAAGUUGUUGAAGUUGUAAUGGGUCGGAAAUUGCAGGUCCCACUUGGAGCUAAUGGAUAUGCGUAUUUCACUUUUGAGGAUCUCUGUGAUAGACCUUUGGGGGCAGCAGAUUACCUUGGAUUGUUUAAGAAAUUUCAUACACUUGCACUUGAAGGAGUUCCCAAGUUUGGGAUCCACAACAGAACUGCUGCAUAUCGGUUCGUCACAUUGGUUGAUGUAAUGUAUGAGAAUAAAGCUGUAUUAUUAUGCACUGCAGAGACAUCACCUGUGGAGUUAUUUGAAAAAAUUGUGACAGUCACUGAUGCCCAGAAAAUUUCUCCUCGAUCUUCUUCACGGUCACAGAGAUAUGAUGAUAUCGAUCUUUGUGUUGAUAAUGAGCUAGGAUUUGCCAAAGAGCGAACCAUGAGCAGAUUGACGGAGAUGAAUAGCAAGGAGUAUUUGGAACAGCAUGAAGUUCAUCGGCUCGGCAUUAGUGUGAUUCUUUUUCCCACCAUCUUUAAAGGUGUGUUUGGCAUAAAAUCUGCCCAAAGGAGUCGAUUCAUAAAAGUUCAUUCCCUUCUUAUUAUCCCAGGACUCAAAAGUAGGCAUUCCAUCUGGCUUGUUCCAUAAAUUUCCUUGUGUUAUAUGAUUAUAAAAGAAAAGCACUAAAUUGAUAUUUUAUUACCAUGAUCUCUUACAAUGUAUGUAUUUAUAUAAAUUAAAUAAAUUACAAGAGUUAGUUUUGCCUAUCA